AAAUAUCAACAAAGAAACGGAUAGCGAAAUAUCUAUAUAAAUGACAAGUAUUAUUUAAAAUCAACUUAAGAACUUAUAAAGUUGAAAAAAAAGAAGAAAGUAUGGAUUCACCGAAGAUAAUCUACAAAUACUACUCAAACCCAGCCUUCUGCGGGCAGAGCGAAAAUUUACAAAAAUGUAGAAUCACGCCCGACAGAAGAAUGUCACCAUUAGGUUCAAAUUCGCCCAGUAAACGUGAGAAUAACAACCGAAUGCGAACAGAUAUAUCAGAUAAUCCAUUACGUAUUCAUAAUAGUAGAUAUAGAGACGAACCUCCAGAAUUACCACCAAAACCGGCGAAAUUCCAAAAUUUCCAUCGACAAGCUUCUAUGAUAUGUAAAAGUACGUAUAGAAGUUCUACAAGAUCUAGAACGAGAAGUGAAGACCUGGAAAUGGCACAAUUUAGACAGCAGAGAAGAACUAAAUAUGACCGUAACGCAGAAAGUGACGAUGGGUUAGAAGACAGUAGAGUUAAACAUCGAUAUGAAAUUAUAGAUUUCGACGAUUUAGACGUAGAUUAUUCACCAACAAAAAAACGUAUUAUAGAAGCUGAUGCACAUGAAAUUUUGGAAUAUAACGUCGAUGGUCCAGAUGACAACGAAAUGAAAGAAAUACCAACAGAAAUUGUUAAAACUGUAAACGGGAAAACACUUAAAUACGCCAUUGUACCUUCUGAUGACGAAAUUGAACCAAUAAAGCGAAGUAAUGUUACAUUUACUUCACCUAUCAUGUCAAAAAAGAAUCUCAUAGCUACGCAGAAGCUGCACGAAUUGUUGUCGACACCACCAAGAAAACUAACAAGCUAUGCAAGUCAGCCUUCUGUUAGAAUAACACCGAACAAAGCUAUCGAUACUCCAAGACAUUUAACACCAAAGAAGGUUACAGCAAGUACGCCUACCAAAAAUAUGACUCCGUCGAAAUCGUGCGCAAAUUUGUCAGUCUACAAAAUCAGGACUUCGCCAAUAUCACCAAAAAUACCCCAGAAAUUAAAUUACGGUUAUCCAGAAACAAGUUUUGACAGACAUGAUGUCUUUGUAACGAGUUUCAGUGAAAAAAGGGAGAGGAGUUUUGAUGAUAGAAGAGAUAUAAGCAGAGAGAGUAGAAAAGACGGGCAUAGGAAGGACAAGAAUACAGCUGUUAUUUCGCCUAGGGUAGCCCCACCCCCCUCAGUCUAUUCUGACGAAACCUACAAGUCUCUGUCAAGUGUGAAAGCUGUCAACGCUGCCACUGCAUCUCUGACCGUCGCCGCAUUGAUGCUGACAUUGUGUGGCGGGUUGUCAACCGGCUUGAGCUUUUACAUGAUGUACAGUAUGGGUCGCCGCUAUUAUUUGGACUUUAGCGUGCUGUCAGGGUUCACCUGCUUCCUGCUGGGCCUGCUCGGAUUCAGGUCUAGGCGGCAGCAGCUGCUGCCGAAUAGGAACUUCAUUUCUGGUUACAUUGUUCUCUCAACAUUUUCACUCCUCAGCGCACUGGGUCUCCUGAUUCUCCUCUCUGUUCAGCCUAAACCUGGUACGGCGUUAAGUGACGUCACAUCGGGUGCAGUUUGCGCUGUCAGCAUUCUAUGCCUGGUCGCGGCCAGUGCUGGGGCUAUCGCUAGCUAUUGUUGUAUCCGGGGACCACCGGACAAUCGAGUCGGGACCACGAGGUGGUAUUGAAAGGUCUCUAAGGUUAAGAUCACAAGAUGGUGAUGGUUAAUGUUGUUCAUAACUACACCCUAAACAUCGAGUAUAUAACCAGAAAUAGAGACGAAAUAGGGGCCAUCCAUUCCUGGCAACUCGUCAGAUAGGUAGUUUUGCUCAAAUAUUUAUUAAUUUAAUGUAGUAUCUGAAAGAGGUAUAAUUUAACUAAUUAAAAUGCUAACUACAAACAUUAUUGCGUUUACUACAUUUUACACCACAUUUUCAUCUUCGUCCUGAAAAAUUACAUAAAAAUCACAUACGAGGUUUGCACUCUAAGAGUGAUUACACACCGCGACUUUGAAACGCGCGAUUGUAGCGAGAUGCAAUCCUAAAAAAUCCCAAGUGUAGCGGUGCAAACGCGCGAUUGUAUCGCUGCAGUCGCGCGCUUGCAUAGCUACUUUUUAGUAGACUUUUGUCGCCGUGUGUAAUCGCUCUAAAACGACGAUAAUUCCAAAAAUAACGUUUUCGAGAAUCCGCCAAAAUCAAUUAAAAUAAAAAAAAACAACCGUGUCACUUUUUAAUUAUAUUAUUAAUUUCCGUGUGAAAAGACGAGGUAGCAUAUUGAUCUGACCUACCGCUUAUCAAGCGGAAAUCUCUGAAAUACUAAUUUUGUAAUUUGCCAUAAGCUUUUCGGUGAAGGAAAAUAUUGUAAGGAAACUUGCACACAUCUGCGAAGGAAUUUAAUUAUGUUUAUGAAGCUCCGAAUCCUCAUUGGAAGGGCUAGCUUUUAAUUACAGUCUAAGCCCUCUCGUUAUGAUAAGAGGUAUGUGCCCAGCAGUGGGACUAUGUAGACUAACUAUUAUUACAUUUACAACUUGAGUAGCAGUAGAGCUUCUUCUGAAAGAAUUCGUCCAAUGAAGUACUACCACUUCACGUAUUACUUUACUCAGGCAGUCGUAGCCUACUAAGCGCUUUUAAGGCAUGUUCUAGUUCAUGUCGUGCCGACAGGAUUGAUCGUGUAGUUCGUUUUGACGCACUAUACCAGAAACUCAAAAUGCCAAAAGGGCAGAAUCUCAGAUUAGCAGAAUUGCAGUUAGUGUCGUGGCAUAGAACAACACGAUUAACUGUCGUUCAUAACUGUCGUGACAAUGGAAAGAGCUAGGACGACAGUCGUCCGAUGAUAAAUAAAACGUCACGAUAAAAAUGUGACGACAGCUAAUUGGAGCUUUGAAACUUCUGUCGUGCAAACGACAAGGCGGCUGCCGUGAACCGGUAAAUUGUCGUCACGAUCUAGUGGGGAUAACUAGACACGACAGUCUUAGAACGAUAAAAUAAACGUCCACGACACAGUCGUGACAGAUAGUCGUGAUAUGGGAACAGGCUAGUUGCGACAGUCGUCCAACGAUAAAUAAUACGUUACGAGUACAUAAUGGGAUGGCAACGCGCCCGUUAGUUAUCUUUUAAUAUGCGCACAGCACAGGAAUUUAAUUCCCUGCUUGCGACUCACUUUCCGAGCGAAAACAAACACGAAUAUCUGUAAGGUGUGAUUGAAUAAAAAGCUACAGUGUUAAUAAUCUCAGUACAGAGUACUAAAAAAACCGACCUCAAAAGUACGUGGAAUUACGUCUAUUUGCUAAGUUUUAUUGCAAUACCCCCUAGUUCGCCACUAUACAG